GUUUCCGUGGGUGGAUCAAUGUGAUCGAUACACGAGAUAGCUGUGUGAGACACAGAAGAAAAGCAGUGUGAAGCAGAAAACCUGUGGGGCUUCACAAAUCACCCUCCUUUCACCUCCCGCUGCUGUCUCCACCCUCGGUAUGCUGUGACUCCUCCUGGAAAACAGUGAUGCUAAAGUCUGCCUGGGCUGGAUCAGCUCAGUCCCGUGCAACGCUUUAGCCAGCUGGCAGUGCAGGAGAGCUCUGCUCCCCUUGCUGCUGCCACCUCCUCCUCUGCACGGGGGAAAGCUCACACCCCUGUGUUCUCCUGAAUGCCUCAAGCUAGCUAUGAGAAAACAGCUUUUUAACCUGUUCAAAUGAGCUGGAGUCUUAAAGGGAUUAACUUGUCUGGCAAUUGAAUUUGCAAAGACUGAAAGCCCAGGUGCUUUUGGGGGGAGUGGAGGACAGUGCAGGCAUGGGACUGUGACUACGUGGAGAAUGUGCUCUGGGGCUACAUAUCACCCAUGCUCUGCUCUACUCACCCUUUCGCAGAGGACCAUGGAGAACAUGUGCUGAGACCAAGUGCUGAGCAGAAGCAGCAUCGAGCUGGUGAAGAUGGAGAAUGGCACAGCAGACGAGCAGAACCAAACUGGGCUGCCAUCAAGCCAGGAGAUCGUUACAGCUGAAUACCAAGUGGUUACCAUCCUCUUGGUCCUCCUCAUCUGCGGACUGGGCAUCGUGGGCAACAUCAUGGUGGUUCUGGUGGUCCUCAGAACCAAACAUAUGAGAACUCCCACUAAUUGCUACUUGGUGAGUCUGGCUGUGGCAGAUCUCAUGGUGCUUGCGGCUGCAGGACUACCCAAUAUCACAGAAAGCCUGUAUAGAUCUUGGGUGUAUGGCUAUGUGGGGUGUCUCUGCAUCACUUAUCUCCAGUACCUAGGGAUCAAUGCUUCUUCUUUUUCCAUCACUGCCUUCACCAUUGAGAGAUACAUAGCCAUCUGCCACCCAAUCAAGGCUCAGUUCCUAUGUACUUUUUCAAGAGCUAAAAAGAUCAUUAUUUUUGUCUGGGCUUUCACCUCCAUAUAUUGUAUGCUCUGGUUUUUCUUGCUGGACCUUAAUACAGUAGUCUACAAAGACACUACUGUUGUGUCCUGUGGCUAUAAGGUGUCUAGGAGCUAUUAUUCUCCUAUCUACAUGAUGGACUUUGGCAUAUUUUAUGUUUUGCCAAUGGUACUGGCUACUGUCCUCUAUGGCCUGAUUGCUAGAAUACUCUUCCUGAACCCCAUCCCUUCGGACCCAAAAGAGAACUCUAAGACAUGGAGGAAUGACGUUGCUCACCAAAGCAAGCCUGUGAAUUCCAAGAUGACUAACAGGAAUUUCAAUAGCACUGUUGCUUCUCGAAGGCAGGUUACCAAGAUGUUGGCCGUGGUUGUGAUCCUAUUUGCAUUUCUAUGGAUGCCCUACCGCACACUGGUUGUGGUCAAUUCCUUUCUCUCCAGUCCCUUCCAAGAAAACUGGUUCCUGCUAUUUUGCAGAAUCUGUAUCUAUUUAAAUAGUGCCAUCAAUCCCAUAAUUUACAACCUCAUGUCCCAGAAAUUCAGAGCAGCUUUCAGGAAACUCUGCAACUACCAGCAGAAACGGGAGAAGAAAACGGAAAAUUACAACAUGGCCCUAAAUUAUAACGCUGUCAAAGAGUCUGAUCACUUCAGCACUGAGCUAGAAGAUAUUACUGUCACCAAUACCUAUCUGUCCUCUGCAAAACUGUCCCUUGGCGACACAUGUUUGUCAUCUGAGGCCUGAGGCCCACCUUGUCCUGAGAACACAGCCAUAUAAAACCUUUGGAUGCUGUGUUCCCACCAACCUGUAUGAAAUGUAAAGGCAUUUCUGCUCACACAAUUGCAGGAGUUACCAUACAUGUCUACACACCUGUCUGUGUCUUAGAAGAAAAAGCUGCAUCCUGGGGAGCAAAAAGAAUAUACUACUGAGUCUAACUGAAUGAAACACUUAAGACAAUCUUAAGCAGAUGAGUUGGCUACAGUGGAAUACCCAAGUCCUUCGUCUCAUGUAUCAGCCAAAGAGUGGUCUGUUCUCAGAAAGAGCAAGGCUGCCCAGGACAUCUCCUUGGAUGCAGAGAGGGGCAGCAGAUGAUGUUCACCUCCCAUGAGGCUGAGAGGUGAGGAGAGGAGCUGCCCUCCUGCGUGGCUGCAUCAGGCAGAACCAGCAGUGCUCGUCCCACAGCACCCAGAACCGCUGCUGACUGCAGUGAUCACCUACCUUUGACUUCCCCAACCCACAUCAGUGCAAAUCUAAUUACAAGCAUCUUUACACACUUCAAUAAGCAGACAUCUGAUGGAAAAGAGCACAAAUUUUGUCUUUGUUUUUUUUUUUUUAACUUUGAACUGCAUGAAAUAGGAAGACCAUUCAAUGAAUUUGCAGCAGGGAAUAAACAAAUUAAAAACUCAAUAAGAAGCUUUAAAAAAAGCUUUAUUUUUUGUCAAUCUAGACUUUUUACAAGGGCAUGUAAGGAUAAGACAAGGGGGAAUACUUUUAAACUGAAAGAAGGUAGAUUUAGAUUAGAUAUUAGGAAGAAGUUCUUUGCUAUGAAGGUGGUAAGACACUGGAACAGACUGCCUAGAGAAGUUGUGGCUGCCCCAUCUCUGGCAGUGUUCAAGGCCAGGCUGGAUGGGACUUUGAUCAACCUGGUCUAGUGAAAGGUGUCCCGGCCCAUGGCAGGGGGGUUAGAACUAGAUGAUUUUUAAAGUCCCUUCCAACACAAACCAUUCUGUGAUUCUAUGAUCAUAGGAUUAUAUAUAUAUGUACCACUUUAAAUGUAAAUUUCAGCUAAUGUUGAAUCCUGUUGGAGCUUGACAGGUACUGAAGACUAUUCUACAGACUUUUACUAGUUAAUAUUAUCUUGGUUCAACAAUAGUUGUGUCUUAGACUGCUACAGGGGGUUUAUAAGUUUGGUACAGAUGUCUGGGGAAAAGAGGAAAAUUCAGUGAAAAAUUACUCUUUUUUUAUUUUUUAUUUUUUCUCAAAGAUUAUCCAUUAAAAAACUUCGGGGCAUAAAAACGUUGUCAGAAGAGAAGUCACCAUGGCUUCUCACUUGCCAGCAAUGCUGUUGGCAUGCUCUUCCCUCAUGGGCCCAUUUCAAGCAGCCUGGGACCACAAUCUCCCUACUGUAGCUGCAGUCAAAACAGCUUUGGCUUUGCUCUAGACCAGCUCGUGUUCUUGCUAGAACUUCAUUUUCCCAUUCCUGUGCAGCAGUAACAGAAACUCUGGAAGAUGCCUGUGUAUUCUUGUUUGCUAUGAACAUUUUGCACAGCUUUUUUUACAUGACAUUUAAAAAGCUGUAAACCCCUAAAUGUUCCAGUAAAACACCUGUCUAUCUGGUGUGGAUGUAAGAGGUAGCCUCAUAGCACUAGUAAGGCUUUCCCGUCCAGUUUUCCUUUGCAUAUACAGCUGCUUCCCCAAUUCGAACCACUUUCACAGUCAUGUGAACUGAAAAUAUUGAUAGGCCCCACAUUUAGAUUUUGAUGUGAAUCCCUGACUUCUGCAUCCAAAAGCCCCUAUUCAACACCAUCUGGAUGGCAAGGAAGAAGUGAAGAGUCUGUAACCUGCUCCAUUCACAUCCUUGCUUUAUCUUCUGUUUCAACCUUGGAGAGCUUCACAGGUACUUUCUAGUUCGACAGAAUGAUGGCAGGGCAUGGAAGGGACCAACAGCAGGAGGUUUUCAAUCAGCAACACAGAUGUGACAAACUUCCUCCAGAAAGGACUUUCUAUCUAUCUUUUAUUUCCAUCAGCACUUGCCUUUUCAUUUUGGUGAGCAGAGGGAGCAAGACCACAGGGAUAUCCUGCUUCUGAAGACUUUUACCUGGAAUUAUGGGGGGGGGGAAAAACCACCUCACGUGUGGGCAGUUAUCAGGGACAGGCUGUACACUGUCCUGGGAAGCACAGGACCUGACAGAGCUUUGGCUGGAGCAGAGCCAGCAGCUGAGCCCAUGCAGGCUGUGUUGCAAUGACGUUUUGUAUAUCCUCUGCAUUGGGGCUCUUUUUACUUGAUUUACUGGGGCUGAGGCUUGCCAGCUUGUCUGCCUGAGCAGCACAGGCCACCAGACACAUGCACUAGGUCUGUUUCUGUGCAGAUGCUCCACCACCGUGGCAUCUGAACACCCAUAUAAAGGGUGCAAGGGGGAUGUCCAGACUCUUUGCUGCUUUUGAAUAAGAAAAAAUAAAAUGAUAGAGUAAGCCACAUGGAAGCCAAGCAGGUAAAGCUGGCCAGUGUUCAAGAGUCAGAAGAAUACGAUGUUGUUCAAGAGUUAGAAUUUAUAGCAAUUCUAUCUCAUAUGUACAAUACCACUACAGUGACAUACACUCUGAACAAGCCUUUCCUUAAUAGAGACUGUUGUGAAGUUAUAGUUCUACAGCAUUUUACUGCUCACACUUGUUUAAAGCUAGUUUGCUAUUGUAAGGGGAAGUCAAGGAGAAGUACCACAUAAUGUUUGCCUCCAAAGCAACUGUCACAGUAAAAUGAAAUUAUCUGGGAAACCUUACACAGGCAUUUAUAUUUACUUAGCCAAGAGACAUAUUCAAAAUAAAGGCAGGUUCCUCUAUCUGCCUGAGCAAAGCCUUCGUGUGCAGUCGGCCAGCACCACUCACAGCUAAUCAAAGUGGAUCCCCGGUUGGUACUGGAGAGGGAGCGUGUGGAGGUGGCUGCUGGUGGAACCGGCAUGUGGAAAUCCUUUUGCUUGUCAAAUGCUGUUGUAAGUCAGACAUCUAUCCAGUGCUUUCAGACCAGGCCCUACCUGCCAGAUGUUCUAAAAAGGUGCCACGACUAGGUCUUUUUCUUACUUCAAAAGCAAGUAGACCUCGAUGAUAAGCAUCAGGCAAAAACAAUGCCUGCCACGGAAACCUGCCUGCGCUGUUAGGAACACAACUGGCUGGGUGAAGAACUGAGCUAAGUAUUCGUGUAAUAACAGCAACACAAACUUACACUUUUAUCUUGACCCUUUUCAGAAUACAGACUGAACUGCAACUCUUAUAGACUGACAGUAUCAGAAAGAAAUUCCUUUAUUUGCCUUUUGCUUAAAAAGUAACUUUCUGCUUUCUGAGACUCUGUCUCCAUAGUUCUUUUUUUUUCAGAUGCUCAGAUGAGGUAUGUUAGCCCACAUUCUUAGUGAGAUUUCAUCAAGGGCUAAAAUCUGUGUAGGUAAUUGUGCAUGCACCAUCACUUAGAAUAAAAAAUGCAAGGUAUUAUUUCAUUGUGAUAUUUAUUUGCUGUAACAAAAAUGAUUGAAAUGAAAAUUGUGUGCACCAAUGCAAUAUCUAAAAUUGCAGAUUUAAGAGUGUGAUUUUGAUUAAAAAUGUGCUGUGAUUAUCUUUAUAGAUAACAUUCAUGAAAUCUAUGCUAAUUUUGUACAGAUUCAUACAGCUAACACUACGAAACUUUGUUAGAUACCUUGUUAAUGUGAUUUUAGAUCUAUUUCCAUGCUUGCCCUUGUGUUUGUAACAGCAACCAGCUUUUUUUCUUGUGCUUAGAUGUUGUAAUUAAAUAUGAGGGUAUGUAUUUAUUUAAAAAAAAAAGUGUGAUUUUAAGUUUAUUAGUAAUAACAUAAAACUUUUUUGCUAGAAGUGAAAGUGGCUGGAUGUCAGUUACUGACUGCAGUAAUAUAACUAUUUAUCUCUAUAGACUUAUUUUGUGGAUAACAAGUUCCUUUGCAAAAUUUAGUUUGAAAGCAUUAUCUGAUAGGCAAUUCAUGUCUGUAUGCUCAUUUGAUGGCUUUGAUGUAAGAGAUUGUAGUCUUUUUGCAGUUUUUUGUGCAACUUUCUCCAACAUGUAACAGAAGAGAUGCUGCUGUAGCAUCUGGCUUUUGGAGCUAGACUACUUCCCAUGUGAAAUACUGAGAUACUGGAAGCUUCAGCGUUGGUAAAUUAUGGAGGUAAGAAAGGUUACGUGUAUUUAAAACAUACUUUGGUUUAAAUUAGUGCAGGAUUUCUCUGAGGGCAAAGUUAAAGAUAUAUCAAAGCAGCUCCAAUGUAGUGUGAAGCGAUUUAUGACGCUCCCAUAGAAGUGAAUGGCACGAGUCAAAUGGUAAGGCUCUCACUAGCUUCCCUUCAAAAACAAUUAUCUGAUACAACAGACUGAAGUGCUGAUACUACUUCAGGUGCUCCCGCCUUUGCUCCCCCAGUACACAGUGAAUGCUCAGAUCAAUGUCUUGGCAUUUGGAAGCAGACAAAUAUUUCUUGGUUGUUCUUUCAAAAGCUAUUCUAAAAAAAUAAAAAAAAUAAAAAAAUACAGAUCUGAUCAUUGUCACCAUGGAAGAAAACAAAGAAUUAUUUUCAGAACGUUCAAAGAUAAAUUGUUUUUUCAACAAUGCUGCAAAUGCUUAUUUCUUUCUCCACUAUUGUUUGAAUUCUACUGUGUACAGUUUUAGUUGUUACAAACUGCAGUGAAAUUUCAAAAUGAUCUUUCAGUACUUUUUGUUAUUUCUUCUUCAGAAUUGUUUUUUUGCUGUUUUGUUGUUUUCAAUAAGGGAUUGUUUUCACCUGAUUCAUUCAUUACUACUGGGAUACAGGGAUACAGCAAAUGCCAGGAAAUAGGUUCAGCCAAAGUGACUGGGACUCCAGAAUUCCUUAAUAUGGGACCUGAAUGCUAGAAAUUUGAAUUCACUCAAGAGCAGUUAGUUUAGAAGGAAUUACUUUUUGUCCUACCCAGAGUAAUUCUGACUUCAUUUUGUCACUGCAUGAGGUUUAUAAAUUUGUUUAUUAAUAUGAUUGCAAAAUUGUUCAGAGAAAUGUACUGUUCAUAAAUGUAAUCCUUCUAAAAAUGAAGAAUAUUUUUUGUUCAAAAGAAGCAUUUUGUAGCUCUUUGAUGCAUGCCACUCUGGACAUUACUGUGAUGGAAUU